AUGCCCGUGGUCAAUGGCGUAGUCACGCUGCUUCCAGCGCCGGAAGGCUACGUGGUCAAUUUCGACCAUCCACAGCGGCAGGCUGUUCCGGCGGCUUUCUGGGUAUGCGGGGUGGGAUCUUUUUUGAGUGCAUUGCUCAUGGCGCAGCGUCUGUAUACGAAAGCAUUCCUUGUCGGCCGCCUGCAACUUGACGAUUACAUGUUCGCGGUGGGUGCUGGCGGAGUCCACGCCUGGGAGAUUCCGAUAGAGAAGUUCCACAUCUUCAUGAUGGACGUCUUCCUCGCCGCCCCUAUCUACACGAUCUGCGGAAGCUUCGCCAAAGUCUCUCUUCUAAUCUUCUACAUGCGACUAUCGCCUCACAGAUGGUUCAAGUGGGCGGUAUGGAUCACGUUGGGUGUCAUCAUAAGCUACAGUGCUGCUCUUUUCUUUGCUCUCAUCUUUGCGUGUGAUCCAAUAGCAAUGAGUUGGGACGUGACAAUCACCGAAGGGACAUGUAUCGACCGCCCGGCAAUUUACAUUGCGACAGCCGUCGCCAAUAUCGUGUCCGAUGUCAUGAUUUUCUCGUUGCCUAUUCCGAUCGUGGUGAAGCUAAAAAUACCACGCCGGCAGAAGAUCGGGUUAUUCUUCAUAUUCGCAGUCGGUUCUCUAACCGUUGUUACUUCUCUCAUCAGAGUCUCGCUGCUCCCCGCCAUGUUGACCAGUCUGGACCAAACCUGGGCCAUCUCCUACGCUAGUCUCUGGAUCAUUGUCGAAGCAAAUCUGCUCAUUAUCUGCGCCGCUCUUCCGACUCUUCGGAAGUUCUUCCGGCACGUCGCCCCAAAGAUAAUCGGCGAAAGCACAUAUGCAAAGGGAAGCAAGAAGAGUGUCACGGGCAGCACAACCAUCAGCCGUAUGACCAUCGGAGGCUCGAAUGGCAGACCAAGUCGAAACGGGCACCCGCCGCCCGACGAAGACGACGGCGAAGCGUUUGAUAUGGAAAGGGGAGGAGGUGAUCGUUCGGCCUCACGAACUACCCCUGCUUACAAAGAUACUCCAUCUUAUCAUGACGAUAUUUCCGCAGAACAGGCCAUCAAUCUGAAUAACGCGAUCAUCCAGACCAGGACUGUCACCGUGGAGGUUAGUUUCAAAAAGAAGAGACCCAAUGGGUGGUCAUAG